CAGAGCGCAGGGGGAAGAAUUUCGAUUUUUAAUUACUACCAUUAAAAAAAUCAAAUUUGCAAUUCUUUGGGUGGCCUGAUGGAUUCCCUGAUUGACAGCUGGAAUUGACACUCUGGAUACCUCUUAUCUUGGGCAUUUACGGCAAUUUCUAAUUGCAGGUAGUUUGUGUUUUUUCAGCGCCUUGGCUCGCAUGGGAACGGAGCGAUUACUUCAAGAGGCCCGGGUUAAGUGCAGGCAGGGAGAGAAUUCAAUCCACAUUCAAAUUGCUUCAUUAAAGAGACGCAGCUUUUGUUGCAAAGGAUUUAAAUGGCCACUAGAAAGUUCUUAUUUAUUGUUUUGAGCUGGUUUAUAUAGGGUGCCAUGAAGCCCAGGCGGUAGAGCCCAGGCGGGUAGAGCCCCAGCCAAUCUCUCCCGCUCUCUCCUUCAAGGUGAUGGCCCAGGACGGCCCCCUCUCCAAGGGAAGCUCCCGCUGCCUGGACAGCAAGCACCCCCAGAUCAUGUCCCAGUCGGACGGAGAGACGCUGCCCAGCACCCUGGAUAAGGAAGAUGUCCGCUCGGCUCCCAGCACCCCUUCCACCCCGUCCGUCUGCUCCCCGCCUUCCUCCUCCUCCUCCUCGUCCUCCAUCCCCUCAGCCGGCAAGAACGUCUGCUCCAGCUGCGGCCUGGAGAUCCUGGACAGGUACCUCCUGAAGGUGAACAACCUGAUCUGGCAUGUGCGCUGCCUGGAGUGCUCGGUGUGCCGGACCUCCCUGCGCCAGCAGAACAGCUGCUACAUCAAGAACAAGGAGAUCUUCUGUAAAAUGGAUUAUUUCAGUCGAUUUGGUACAAAGUGUGCCCGCUGCGGCAGGCAGAUCUAUGCCAGCGACUGGGUAAGGAGAGCCCGCGGCAAUGCCUACCAUCUUGCCUGCUUUGCCUGCUUCUCCUGUAAAAGGCAGCUGUCUACUGGCGAGGAGUUUGGCCUGGUGGAAGAGAAAGUGCUGUGCCGGAUUCACUAUGACACAAUGAUAGAGAACCUCAAGCGAGCAGCUGAAAAUGGCAAUGGGAUCACGCUAGAAGGAGCAGUGCCGUCUGAGCAAGACAGCCAACCCAAGCCAGCAAAGAGAGCGCGGACGUCCUUCACCGCGGAGCAGCUGCAGGUCAUGCAGGCACAGUUUGCUCAGGAUAACAACCCAGAUGCACAGACCCUUCAGAAACUGGCAGAUAUGACCGGACUUAGUAGGAGAGUCAUUCAGGUUUGGUUUCAAAACUGCAGAGCGCGCCAUAAAAAGCACACGCCUCAGCACACGGUGCCGCCUUCUGGAGCCCCCCAGUCCCGGAUCCCUUCGUCGCUUUCUGAUGACAUCCACUACUCUCCCUUUAGCAGCCCUGAGAGGGCCAGGAUGGUAACCCUGCAUGGAUACAUAGAAAGUCAGGUACAGUGUGGGCAAGUGCACUGUAGACUUCCCUACACUGCUCCACCAGUGCACCUCAAAGCAGACAUGGAAGGACCACUAUCUAAUAGGGGUGAGAAGGUCAUCCUAUUUCAAUAUUGAUGGCGCGAACUCUUCCUCAUCUGUCCAUAGCAUUCCCACCGCCGCUGCCCCUCAGUCACUGAAACACGGUGUUAAAUCGAAGGCAACUCUGAUGGUCACGCAGGAGAAACUCAGUUCAGCAUUGUUAUUUGCACCGACAGCAUCUGAUAGCCAAUGUUCUUGCCUCCCAGCAGCACUGCCAACAGUCAUGGUUUUCGCUUGUUUCUUGUGGACCUGCACAAUGACAAUGAGUCCCUAAGGCACUACCAUGCACAGCCCAAGUUAGUGAUCCUACUGCACUUUCACCGUUGCUUCCAGCAUCAUGGAACAGGAAAAGACCAUUACAUGCUGAGCCAGAGGUGGUGUUGAUUAUUACCUAACAAUACAAAGAGAGGAGGGAGCAAAGUACUUGGGCCUGAUUCUGACUCGCCCCAGUGUAACACUGUCAAUUCCAUUAGAUUACGCCUGAUGUACAUUAGUGUAAAUGAGAUCUGGAUCAGGCCCAUUACCUCAGCCACUUAGCACUCAUUGAGCCAAACUGACUGCUGGUUAUAACUCUACUGAAGUUAAUAGUUAUGCUAGCCUGAAAUAUGGCCCUUCAUCUUUAAAGAGAUUUAGAACCACUAAUCCAUUAACUCUCCCCAUGAGGUAGGUAAGUAAAUCUCCUUCCUCCCAAUUUACAGGUGGGAAAACUGAGACAGAGGCUGAUGACUUGCCCAGGCUCACAAAGGGAGUGGGUGUCACAGCCAUGCUUAGUGCUCAGAGGUUCCUGACUGUUAUUCCUGCCCUCAGCAUGCUGGACACACCUCCAUCCCAAGGACCAUCAGCCACAUCUUUGUUUCCUGGCAGCCUUUUGCUUGGAAUCAUUUCUUACUCCUGAAUGAGGGAUCCCAGGAAUGUAUCUGCACCAGACUGCUGGCCACUGCACCCACUGGGGUUGGGAAACAAUACAUUUCACUACUAAAAUUCCAAAUGAAAGAUGUAUCUUAAAUACAUUGGGCUUGAUUCGCUCUGGCACAGACCCUAGAAGAAGAACCCUAGUCGCAAAAGUUUAGCCAGUGAGAAGGGUCAAAGGUCUCUGUACACCAGUGCUCCACUGGUGGUGUAGCUAGUCUGCAUCUAUACAAAAAUGGGCACUCUCCAACAGGAGAAUGGGUAGGACUCAGCAUAUCCCUUAUGCAGCCUCCGCUAGCUGGACUCCUCUGGUGGCCUAGCAGCUAGUCAAAGCUGUCCCUACUUGGUGGAAUUCCUGAUGGAGGGAUUCCUGUGAAUCAGCCCCCAGCGCUCAUCAGCCUCUGCUGGCCUCAGGGGUUCAGUUCCUGCUCCCCUGCCCCAGUAGUGCAUAAAUCAAGCCUGUAACUUCUAAGAGAUCACUUUACAUCUUUUGCUUUACAUUUUCAAUAUAGUUAGAGUGAAACUAACUAGUUUAACCUGCACACACAGGGCCAGUAGGAACAAGCGAUGGCUGAGCUCAUGCAGCAGGCAAGGACAGCAUGUGAUAAAGGCGAUGCUAAUAAAUCUGGCAGCUUCUUUUUUAUGAUUAUCUCAGUCUUUAUGUUGCACCCCAUUUCUGGGGUUUCCCAGGUACUCCUGGCUAAUGCACACUGAGAUGGGAGCACAAUGCUCUGACUAAGCCACAAUUCAAAAUGACAGCUCAGAAAAGGCCGGGCAGUGGAGCGCUCACCCCGUUCUGGUGAGUUCUUACUCUCUCAUGAGCAGCCUCAUUGCAACCACUGAGUAAGGGCUCAAUAACCCUGUCCCAAGCCAGGAAAGAAAUACUGCAAAGAUCCUUCCUAGAUAGUAGUAAUAAAAGGUAAACAAUAUUUGAAAUUAGUAAUUGGUCCCUAACAAAAUCUCUCUCCUGUGAGUGCUCCACCAACCUUGCUGGUGAAAUUUGAAGGCAGCUUUUCCAAGAACGUGAGGUCCUAAUGUGACCCAAUCAGUGUGUGAGACCUGUCCCUCUCUGUGCCUGAUCCGCAGAGGCUGAGUCCGCCAGCUAGACAACCUGGCUUUAUAGCUCAAGCUGCAGCGACUCCUGCUUUUAGCUCUGGAGGUCCCUGGUCCAAUCUCCAGUUUCAGUCAAGAUGGCAGCCAUCACACUACCAUUAGGCAGUGAGUAUUUCCAGCACUGAAGCACUUUCCCUAGUUGUACCCCAUUAUCUCAUGAUAACAAAGCUUUCUGGGCAUGCGAGUCUAGCGCAUGGUGAGGAGGUGUUCACCCAAAUAACUUUGCAAAGUAAAUUGCAUAAUGAGCAGCUCUGGACUUCUGUUGCGGUGAACAUCAAAAUCUAUUGACCAGAGAAGUAGCAGAGCAAAAACAUAUCUUGAGAUUUGCUGAAAUAACAAGUCAAUAUGUCUCGUUGCAUAUAUUCAUUGUUAUGAUAAUUCAGCUAGGCCAACCGUACCCAACAGCUAGAAGUUUUAUCCACACUUUAAAUUAACAUUUGAAAGGGCAGAUGAAGUUAGAAGUCCAUAAAAUACUAUUAUUCACCUCCUGAAAGAUUAAGAAUAGUUUCCAUUUGAAUUCAACCAUAAUGAGACUGGUGUCUACCCAUCUGCAUCUGUGGUCUGAUUGGUUAAUGUUGUUCCAGAACUUGGUAUUAUCGCCCCUUUGAGGAGGUGACUGGUAGAAAUCUGCAUCUGUUUUCAGUCAAUGAUAAGCCAGAUUUUUUGUCUUUUUGUAUGUAACAAUGAGCGAGAGAAUGACAUCAGCCUUUUGUUUCCUGUAGCUGAGCAUUCGGAUUGUUGGUAUGUGUUACAACGAGGUUGUAGUGAAUUGGUCUGUGUCCACAUGAAAUGGCAUUGAUGGUGACAUGCUGCUUGGAAGGGCCACUUUCUCCCCCAUCUCUGCUUGCUCAUUCGAAUGACUGUUUUGUUUUGGAACUAGUGUAAUACAGUAAUGGGUAGAUGUUCAGAGACUGUGAGGAUGAGACUCCAGACUGUAACUUGACCCCACACGCCAUGGUAACUGAGAUUUCCACAACCCGGUUUUAUUGCGCGAGACAAAGGUUUGAUGCAUUUUUCUUCUGUCUCAGCGCAUUCUGCAGUCUCCCGCUCAUAAUAUGUCUGCUAAACAACUACUUAGUUACUGAUCAAAUUUGACUUGUAAUAUGUACCGUACAUCAAA